AAACGCCUCAUUCUUAAUGUCAAAACAACUCACACAUAUACAUAUUUUUUCGGCAUAUUUCUUGAUAGACAGAUUUUUACAAUUUUUAUUAUUUUAAUAAAUAAGAGAUAAUUAAACAUUUGAUUACAACAAAUCAUUAUGUCGAAACGUGCUGCUGACGACACCAGCGGUGGUGGUGGCUCUGCAGGCUCCGCUGCCAGCUCAAAUCUUGGCCAGCCACCAAUUAAAAAGGUUCACUUCGAGCCUCACUUGAUUGGCCCCGUGUCCACUUUGGAAGAAAUGGACAUCAAAGUACUAGAAUUUCAAAAUAAAAAGCUAGCCCAACGCAUAGAGCAACGUAUGCGUACAGAAGCUGAGCUAAGGCAUCGCAUAGAACAGCUUGAGAAGCGACAAACCCAAGAUGAUGCCGUACUGAAUGUCGUCAAUCGUUAUUGGAAUCAGUUGAAUGAAGACAUACGCGUUUUAUUGCAAAGAUUCGAUGCCGAAACGGCAGAUGAAUUGGAAAAUCGAAAUGAAAAUGAGGUCACCACUUCAUUCCUGACCCAAUUGUCAACAUGGGACAAGGAAGAAUUGGAUGAUAAAUUGGCAAAUCGUGUACAAGUCUCAAAGCGAGCUGUGGCCAAAAUUGUCCAGGUCAUCGAUCGUGUUAUGCAAAGAAAUGAAAAAAUAACAAUGGCCUUGAAGGGAGAACCCCAACCGCCGGCUUCUGCCGCUGGUGCUGCGGCUGAAAGUGCAGGCGAAGAAUCACAAACCGACUCUGCCACCAACAAUGCUUUGCCCAAUAUCGAGGAAACCCUCAAGCAGCAUCACAUUGAAAUUAUGACCGAAAAUCGUAGUUUACAAAACCUAAAUACAUCGCUUCAUGAAAAAUUCCAUACAAUGUCACUAAAAAUGAAGGAAUAUCAAGAUGCUCUGACGGCAAAAGAAACAGAAAAUGCCGAACUUAAAAAUCAAAUUGAUGAAUUGCAAUAUGAUUUGGAGAAAAUCCAUUGUCGUAAUGAUAAAUUAGAAAAUCAUUUGGCAGAGGCUAUAGAAAAGCUAAAAGCUUAUCAUCAAAUGCAUGGUGAUCCCAACAAGAGUUCCUCUUCGUCGAAAGGUUCGGGGCAUGCCCAUGUCAGUAGCCAUCAGGUUGAGGAUCUACAAAAGGAGUUGGAGGAAUAUCGUGAAUUGGCCAAUAAUCGCCUGCAGGAGUUGGAUAAAUUGCAUGCCACACAUCGAGAAACUCUGAAGGAAGUAGAGAAGCUGAAAAUGGAUAUUCGUCAACUUCCCGAAUCGGUUAUUGUCGAAACAACCGAAUACAAAUGUCUACAAUCUCAAUUCUCUGUUCUGUACAAUGAAUCCAUGCAAAUCAAGACUAUGCUGGACGAGACCCGUAAUCAAUUACAGACCAGUAAGAAUCAACAUCUGAGGCAAAUUGAGGUAAUGGAAAGCGAAGAGCUGAUUGCCCAGAAAAAGGUACGCAGUGAAAUGAUACAAAUGGAAGAUGUAUUGGCACAGAUACGCAAGGAAUACGAAGCCUUACGCAUUGAAUAUGAACAAAAUAUGGCGGCGAACGAACAAACGGCCCCCAUUAAUCGGGAGAUGCGUCAUCUGAUUACGUCGUUGCAAAAUCACAAUGCCCAGUUGAAGGGUGAGGGAUAUCGUUACAAACGUAAGUAUAAAGAUGCAUCUGCUGAUAAUGUGAAAUUGCGUAGAGAGUUGGAGGAAGCUUUGGCCAAGUUGGAGGGCACUAAACAGAAUACUCCCAGCCAGGGAUCCAAUGGGGAUGAUGUCAAGCAAGAGGGUGCAGCAACAGUCAAAGAUGAAUUUGCUGGGUCCUCUGGUGGUUCGGGCAGUAAUACCAGUGCCUCGAACGAGGGUCUUAAUGUGAAAGAGGAGGGAAGUGCCAAUAUAAAGUCGGAAGAUGAAACAAUGGAUGAUGAUCUGAGCAAAGAUCAAAAGGAUGGCAUUAAGAAAGAACAAUCCUCACCAGGUGGACCGGAAAAGAAAGAUGCCGCGGCGGCAAAUGCAGCCGGUUCCACGCCCACCGGGGCCUCUGGAACAGGUGCUGCUGUCAUCAAGCAGGAAAAGGACGCCAAGGAUGCCCAGAAAGCGAAGGAUAUUAAAACUCAAGAGUCUGAAAUGGUGCGCGAUCUGAAAGCCCAGCUAAAGAAAGCUCUAAACGAUCAAAAGGAAAUGAAACUACUACUCGACAUGUACAAAGGUGUUUCCAAGGAUCAACGUGACAAAGUCCAACUGAUGGCUACAGAGAAAAAGUUGAAAUCCGAAAUCGAAGAGCUACGCCAACAAUUAAAAAAGCUACAGGAAAGCAAACGUGAGGAGCGCAAAAAACUUGCCGAUGAAGAAGCCCUACGCAAAAUCAAGCAACUGGAAGAACAGAAAUAUGAACUGCAGAAACAGGUGGCCAGUCAAAAACCUCCAGAUAAUGCCUGGGGUCCGGGUGGGCCAAACUAUGCACGACCGUUUGUGGGCUCCCAUGAGGAGGAGGCCCUGCUAAACGAGAUGGAAGUCACUGGGCAAGCCUUUGAAGAUAUGCAGGAACAAAACUCAAGACUUAUACAACAGCUGCGCGAGAAGGACGAUGCCAAUUUUAAAUUGAUGUCGGAGCGCAUUAAGGCCAAUCAAAUGCACAAGUUAUUGCGUGAAGAAAAACAAAUUCUGGAAGAUCAAAUGGCUACCAGAGAUACUCAAAUAGAAGCCAUGCACAUAGUUCUGCGGAAGCUGGAGGAGAAAGAACGUAGUCUGCAAGCCACUGUUGCGGCUAUUGAAAAGGAACUUGUACUGCGGCAGCAGGCCAUGGAAAUGCAUAAACGCAAGGCAAUUGAGUCGGCACAAUCGGCGGCAGAUCUCAAACUGCAUUUAGAGAAGUAUCAUGCCCAAAUGAAGGAGGCUCAACAGGUGGUGGCCGAAAAGACCAGCUCUCUGGAAGCGGAGGCGUACAAAACGAAACGGCUGCAAGAAGAAUUGGCCCAAUUCAAACGCAAAGCAGAGCGUAUGAAGAAAAUUGAAAUGGCCGGUACCACAAUCGAUGAAGUUAUGCUCGAAGAGAUUAGAGAAUACAAGGAGACGCUCACGUGUCCCUCCUGCAAGGUUAAGCGCAAGGAUGCUGUGCUGUCGAAAUGUUUCCAUGUCUUUUGUUACGAUUGUUUGCGGACACGCUAUGAGACGAGACAGCGUAAAUGUCCCAAAUGUAAUUGUGCAUUUGGUGCCAAUGACUAUCAUCGUUUAUAUUUAACUUAAGUUGCAUACAUACCUGCACACAUACACACACCUUAAACACAUGCAUUCACACUCCCCCCACACUCAACAGACAGCAAGCAGAAGGAAAAGUGGCCCGAACCAGGGUACUUUUAAUUCAUUAUACUUCCAUUACAGCGUCUUUGUUUACUUUGUAUUUAGUGAAUUUAGUACUAAAUGUUAGUGAACACUAUAAUUAUUAUGAUUUUUUUUUUUAAUCCUAGAGGAUAAAAUAUUUUCCUUUCAAAAUUUAGUUUCACUUCAAUUUAAUAAUCUAUGUGUAUAUCCAUUGAUGGAGAAAAACAUAAAUGCAAGAAAACACACAUAAUAAUAAUGAUAAAAAU